AAACUCUUCAGGAGGUGCAAAGGGAUUUCGCAACCAGCCCUCAGUUCCCUUUGAGGAGCGAUCCCCAACCAUAAUUUCUCUGAGCAUAGACAACACAGCAGAUGUAAUUGGACCUGCUUCGGUUUUUCCGUGUUCAAAGACAGCUUCGAAUGGUUCCUCAUCCGUUCCAGUCGCCAGUCGAGCAAUGGGCACGACUUCGGCCGCCGUUCCCGUGCAAAAAGCCUCGGUUGCAUUUUUCACCUCUCCUACGGUGACAUCUCGCGAGGAAACAGUAAUAUUGGCAUCUUGUCCGGUGCUCUUCAUCAUUGCCUCCUUCAGAUCAUCGGCAAACUCAUUGACAAUGGUGAUGACGGAGUCACGGGUUACACCGGGCAAAAUUGUUCCCCGAUCCAGGGAGGGUGUCACGAUCUCUCCUGUUUUCAAGACAAAGAAGAUAUUGGCCGCUGACAUUUCUUGUAAAAUGGCGGAAUCCAAGGAACCCUUUUCUCUGUAGGUUUCCAGCUCCAAAAACAGAUUGUCAUGAAAACCCUGUUCUUUAGCGUCCAUCAAGGGCUUGAGGGCCACUGCAUAAUUGCCACUGCACUUUACAUUUCCGACCCCACCACGUGCCGCACGACAACGUCUAGUUUCUAGGUGCAAAUUAAGACCACCAGUGGCACUUUUGAAAUAGUUACCCUGUUCGAGUUUGAAUUCGAUGCAAACAAGCAGUUGAGCAAAUGCGGUGCAAUUUCAUUAGGUUCUGGUCGUUUUAUGCGAAUUCGGAUGGUUUAAAUAAAAUGGGAAAAUGUACGCUAUUCGUUCUUUCAUUCAAUGCAGAUUUUUCCUCGAGCACUUACGGUUGGCGAUACAUAGAAAAUCAAACUAAACUGCUUCGAAGGAUACAAUCCAAGCUGCUCCCCGCUUCCCAUUAGCAUGGGUCGCACAUACAACUUCAUUCCUUCUCCAUGCGGCGGAAUAAGGUGUGAAUUUUUCUGGAGUGCGUGCUGGAUGCCUCUCAUGAACAAUUCACGACUCGGUGGGGGCAAAACCAUGUUCUUUGCACCGUUAGAAAAGCGGUGAAAGUUGCGGUCGGGUCGAAAAACAAUGGCGUUUCCAUCCUUGUCGCGGUAGCAUUUGAGGCCUUCCCAGAUGGUUGUUCCAUAGUUGAGAGAGCAACACGCCGGGGAGAGGGGCAGGUCGGUCUCGUCGUACUUGUACACAGAGUCAAAAAGCGCCCCAGUAUCGGUUGUGGGGUCAUAAUGCUCCUUCGUCCAUUCGCCUGUUUUGGUUGUCAGAUGCACGUACGAGUGUUCUUCCGGAUGAUUCAGAUUCCACGGCAAGGCCUCGAAUUCAAUUCCCUCUUUCGCGGGCUUCAGGUCGGAGCAAUGAUCGGAUGCCAUUUUGACGGAUUUUUUUGCGUAGAUAUCGAAAAAGAUUACGGAUGAAAUACCGCUGUGUGUUGUUUUUGUGCGAGGUUAUCUUCCGUGAACGCCGGAAGUAUUUCAAUGGGAUAUUCAGAAUACCGUAAGACGACGAUGUUUCAUGAAUGUCAACAAAUAAAAUACAUGAUGAUGACGAUCCUGGACCAUGCCGUAUUAUCGCGUACCAAACGUGAUGUAGUGUUUACCGGUACUGCAUCACCACCUAAGUAUCUCGUAUCGGUACAACAUAUGUGCUUCAUCACCUUCGAGAAGAAACGAAUGAAAGAAGAUUUCCUCACGAUUCCGUUCUGAUUGCCCGAACAUUGGGUCCGUGAUCAGAAACGGAUCUAUGGUACGUAUCUAUGGUACGUACUUGUACUAAACAUACAAAAACAAAUGCACGACUGAGAAAAAGCCGUUAAAUUAUGUUUUCAACGGCCGAUCCUACGGUUUGAACGGAUGGACUGCUCCAGAUCUUUCUCCGUAGUUCAGAUUCAGAUUUUUAACGUGACUUCCGAAAGAAGAAACCAAGACUUCUGCGAUGGGUUCGUUCGAAGAUCAAUGCAUCACCAUUGUUUCUUGCAGACAUUCCCAUCUUUUCACAUCAUCUUCCACUCUCACUUCAGAUAAGUAGAAACAAGUUGCAUAGUUACUUUCUUUACCGUGGUUGAUAUAGUCGCAAAAGAGAACAUGAGGUUUGAGAGCCAGGAUUUCAUCAUGUCACAACGUGAAUGGCAGGAGAAUAGAAGAGCGAAAGCGAAUGAUCACAGCGCAACGAAACAAGACAGUAGUUUGUCUCGUGAUGGGACUCAAUAUAAUGCUAGUGGCUCUGGCCUCAAUCGAAAACAAUAUGGGUACUCGUCGCAGACCAAAAAUAUAGCUAGGGAUGACAGUCGUUCCUCUACUCAGAAGAAAAACGCCGUCGCCCAACACGAAGUUCGACAGGACCGUAGAGAUGAACCAGACUCCGACUCAGACUCAGACGUUGAUUCUCGAGACGAAAGUACUCCAAAUGUUCCAUCUGAUUUUUCAAAAAAAGAGCUCCAAGAGCUUGUACGAUCUAGGCGAAGACAAAAGCAAGAUCAGUCGACGCAGGUAGGGCAAUCUCAAGAACAGAGACAAACAAGCACAUAUUCAUAUCAUGGAUAUGCUGACAAAUUUCGUCAGGAAUCGUUAGAUUCGUUCGUUGCUGCACGAAACAAAGUCAAGGAAUCCAACAGAGAUCUAGGCGUCGAAAACACCAGGGGAAUGGAUUGUCUGCUCCUUUGCAUGCUACCAACCAACGUGUGGCUUGGUGAUUUUCUGAGUGAUUCUCGAGGUGAUGUCGAAAAAAUUCAGAAACAGAUGCUUCUUAGCUUUAGAGGCGAACGAUGAUGUGUCGAUCGUUGAAAAUCACUGCUUGAGCCAUCCUCCAUCCGAAGUAGACUGUUUUUUAUGUACAACCAAGAGGGCACAUCCGUUCAAGCAAGUCAAGACAUCCUCUGUAUGCUGGGCCACUGUUUCUCCACGAUCUAAUGCAUCUUUCAUAUUGGCUACAAGCAAUUGAAUCGAUGUAGCCUUUUUGUUCAAUUCUCUAUUCAUUCCAACUGAACAGACGUUUUCAAUUUCUACGUUAGCUCUGUGACAUUACCAUCACAUGCCAUAACGUCCUAAGAGCACAUACAUCAUAGUAACGAAUUAAUUUUGAAAAGAGAUAGCAUUGCAAUGCAUAUGUGAUCGGCAGUAUUUAAUAGUGCAUUUAGGUAUCCGACGAACAUUUUUGUAUAAGCAAGGCUGUACUCAAAAUUGACGACAAUACGAUUUGAGCCCUCUAGAGUGGAAGUUGCAUCCCUCUUUCAAUUGACGAAUUGCCAUGCAAUUUAUUUCUCCGGAAUGUUCCCGUUUCACUACAAUAAGAUGUCGCAGCGGUUUUCUUCGAAUCGCGCUACACUAAUUUAGCGCACCAUGCCAGUCAUAUUUGUAGUUGACUCGCCCAUUCUAGAGUUGGCAGUAGUACUGGCAAUGACUUCUAAGACUUUUGCGAUCUGACUCAUGGCUUCGAACUUGAGUUCGGUCAAACUGGAACUAGUAGGUGCCAAUUUCUUAUCAUCGUUGUUGCCACUUCCGCCCUUUUCCGCCUUCUUUAAUAGCACUCCCGAAACUUGAUCUAAUCGUCCGUCAAGAGAUCCGUCGAGGAUGAGUCCCACAAGAAGGUUUUCAACGUCUCUGACCGGGAUAUUGUUCAGCUCUCGAGCUAUCGCUUGCAAUGAAAUCCUUGUAUAGGGUUUGAUGACACGCCGCAAAACCUGGGUGCGGAUCGUCCGUAACAAAUCUUCUACGUGUUCUCGAAUGAAUUCAUCCCCCAUAA